AUGCGUCUUAUCGCUGCUUUGACUGCCCUCCUCAUGGCUGAGGCCGCGACUGCUAGCCCUGUCAAGCGUGCUCCCCUUAUCACCCGUCAGGAAGGAGAGGCGCUCGAGGGAAAGUACAUUGUCAUGAUGAAGAAUGUGGCCUCAAUCAAUGCCGCCAAGGUCCUCAAGACAGCUGUUGACUCUGUGGCUGCCGACCCUGAUAUUGUCUACAAGAAGGUCGGCGGUUUCGCCGCUUCUUUGACCAACAAGGAGAUUGAGGAGCUCCGAAAGAACCCCAACGUUGCGUAUAUUGAGCAGGACUCCCGGGCCAAGAUCUUUGCUACUCAGAACAACGCUACCUGGGGUCUGGCCCGUCUGUCCAACAAGUCGCCCGGCUCUAGGACCUACACCUAUGACGACUCUGCUGGUCAAGGUGUCUGCGCCUAUGUUGUUGACACUGGCAUUGAAGUUUCGCACCCUGAAUUCCAGGGCCGUGCCAAGUUUGUCGCCACCUACGUCGACGGCAUCAACACCGACGACCAUGGCCACGGAACUCACUGCGCCGGUACUAUCGGCUCCAAGACCUACGGAGUUGCCAAGAAGGCUAGCCUGUACGGUAUUAAGAUCUUCGACAAGUAUGGCUUUGGCACAGACUCUCUCAUGAUUGCCGGCAUGGACCGAGUCCUUCAGGACGCCCCGAGCCGAGACUGCCCCAACGGUGUGGUUAUCAACAUGUCUUUCGGCAACACCAAGUCUACGGCCGUCAACUCGGCUGCCAAGGCCCUCGUCGACGCUGGCUACUUUGCCGUUGUCGCCGCAGGAAAUGGUGACCUGUUCGGCAACCCCGAGGAUGCCGCUGGCUUUUCUCCUGCCUCUGAGCCUUCAGUCUGCUCCAUUGGUGCCAGCGAUAUCAGCGAUAAGGUUGCUGAAUUCUCCAACUACGGUUCUCUGAUCGAUCUCUACGCCCCUGGCGUUGACGUCUUAAGCACCUGGAUUGGUGGAGGCAAAAAUACCAUCUCUGGCACUUCCAUGGCUACUCCCCAUGUUGUCGGCCUUGGUGCCUACUUCCUCAGCCUCGGAAAGGCCGCUACUGGUCUUUGCGAGUAUCUCCAGGGAAUUGCUCUUAAGGACGUGAUUGAUAAUGUCCCCAGUGGUACCAAGAACCUCCUUGUCCAGAAUGACAAGUCCGUUUAA